UCCCCGCACUCCCCGCGCCUCGCACAUUCGCACCGGCAGCUUGCGCGCAGUCCGGCGUCGCCCCGCGGUGCGCUCGCUCCUCCCACCCUCCUCCCGCUCCGUGGAUCCCGCGUUCCCGGAGAGGCUCAGGCGCCGAGUGCGCGGACGGGCACACGAACAGACGGCCCUGGGGACGCCUCGGCCCGCACCUCCCGGGCGGGCUAUGUUGAUUGUUCCACCGGGGUCGGCCCGCGGGAUCAGCACAGCUCGGCCCGCGGCCCGGGUGACCAGGGGGGACUAUGAACCGGAAAGCGCGGCGCUGCCUGGGCCACCUCUUUCUCAGCCUGGGCAUGGUCUACCUCCGGAUCGGUGGCUUCUCCUCGGUGGUAGCUCUGGGCGCGAGCAUCAUCUGUAACAAGAUCCCAGGCCUGGCUCCCAGACAGCGGGCGAUCUGCCAGAGCCGGCCCGACGCCAUCAUCGUCAUAGGAGAAGGCUCACAAAUGGGCCUGGACGAGUGUCAGUUUCAGUUCCGCAAUGGCCGCUGGAACUGCUCGGCGCUGGGGGAGCGCACCGUCUUCGGGAAGGAGCUCAAAGUGGGGAGCCGGGAGGCCGCCUUCACCUAUGCCAUCAUUGCUGCCGGCGUGGCCCACGCCAUCACAGCUGCCUGCACCCAGGGCAACCUAAGUGACUGUGGCUGCGACAAGGAGAAGCAAGGCCAGUACCACCGGGAUGAGGGCUGGAAGUGGGGUGGCUGCUCGGCUGACAUCCGCUAUGGCAUCCGCUUUGCCAAGGUCUUCGUGGAUGCCCGGGAGAUCAAGCAGAACGCCAGGACACUCAUGAACCUGCACAACAAUGAGGCGGGCCGGAAGAUCCUGGAGGAGAACAUGAAGCUGGAGUGCAAGUGCCACGGCGUGUCAGGUUCCUGCACCACCAAGACCUGCUGGACCACGCUGCCACAGUUCAGAGAACUGGGCUAUGUGCUCAAGGACAAGUACAAUGAGGCUGUACACGUGGAGCCUGUGCGCGCCAGCCGCAACAAGCGGCCCACCUUCCUGAAGAUCAAGAAGCCACUGUCAUACCGCAAGCCCAUGGACACAGACCUGGUGUAUAUCGAGAAGUCACCCAACUACUGUGAGGAGGACCCAGUGACGGGCAGCGUGGGCACGCAGGGCCGCAUCUGCAACAAGACAGCCCGCCAGGCCAGUGGCUGUGACCUCAUGUGCUGCGGCCGUGGCUACAACACUCACCAGUACGCACGGGUGUGGCAGUGUAACUGCAAAUUCCACUGGUGCUGCUAUGUCAAGUGCAACACCUGCAGCGAGCACACCGAGGUGUACACGUGCAAGUGAGCCCAAGACCACACUGCAUGCGCCCUCAAGUCAGGUCCACUGUAGGGAGGACCAGUGUCCAGCUGCACUUACCCUGAAGGUCACUUCCCAGAUCUCCAUAGGGAACUGCAGGAAUGCUGAGCUUGUCUUUCCUGCUGUGGAGGCACCUGCGCAGUUUCCUGCAGACACUUUGGGGAAAGGGCUCUCCAGAGCCCCUAAGCAUUCUAGUCCAUUCCCAGCCUGCUCUGCCCUACCCCAGACACUGCCUGGGCCUCCUCGCUGCAGCAGAGCCUCGCACAGCAGGAACCCUGGAUCCUUGGGCCUCAUCAUAGCAAUAUUUAACAAUUUUGAUUUUAAAAAUAAUAUUAAUUUAUUUAAUUAAAAAGAAUCCUUCCACCUCAUUGGGAUCCGUUUUCUGCAAAGUGGACUGAUUGCUUUCUUUGCAGGAAGAUUUUGUCACUGGGACAAGGAACAAACUAGAACUGUACAUAAUUAUUCUUUAUGCAGAUAUUUCUACUAGUUGAUUCUCUAAGUAUCCCCUGCACUAGAUGUUUAAGUACAGAGCAGAUGAUAUAUAUAUAUAUAUAUAUAUAUAUAUAUAUAUAUAUAUAUAUAUAUAUAUUUAAGCUGAUCCAAGUUUGGAGAUGUUUUUCACAAUACAUUUCCCAUCCUUUAGUCCUCCCCAACUCACACUUCACCAUUAGAAAAAUCCAGUUUGGAAUAAAUAGAAAGAAGAAAGAUAGUAAUAAAAGCACCCAGCAAUUUUCAUCUUUUGGAAAGUGAGCCACUGGAUAGGAGAGAAUGUUUUGUAAGAGACUAUUUUUAUAUGAACAUUUUAUUUAUUUUGCAUUUGGCUGUAUCAUUCCGUCACCUGGGCUUCUUAAUUCCAGGACUUGCUCUGUGGUAAGGAGGGGAAAGGCCUGGGUGUGGAGUCAGAGGACCCUCACACAACUGGGUUUUCAAGUUCUGUUGAUCAAAUGGGCAAAAGUAGCCAUGGAUGCCUGGGCUGUCGUGUCAUUGGUAUUACCUGGGAAAGGAAUUAGACCUCCAGUCUCAGCCUAUUAAGUUCAGGCUUUAAGAGCAAGGUCACUGAGCAGUGACCUCAUGAUUAGCCAUUUGGUGGGCAGGUGUGUGCAUUGGGACCAACACAGGGACUUGGUCAUGGCCACUUGGUAGAAGCCAGCUCAGGGAACUCCUCACCAGAAUGCUUCUGAAUUGCUGAGUGCCCUGGGGGAUAGGGGUGAGGCAUAGACCUCAGCUAAAAGGCAAAAAAGCUGGGGUGAGAGGUCCCACGAGCAGCUGGGUUUCCUGGAUGUCACAGCCCCAGGGUAGACUGUCAGAGAGAGGGAUGCACGAGGCCUCUCUGCCCUGGGUCCCCCUUCUUCCAGUGCCUCUGUACUUGGAAAGCUUUCCUUAAGGAGGCCGUGGGUGUUCUGCAUCCGUGUGUGUGUGUGUGUGUGUGUGUGUGUGUGUGUGUGUGUGUUUGCAUGCGCGCACACACACUCGCGCUGCAGCUUUAGGGAGUCUUGGGACAGUCGUGUGACUUUGUGCUUUCAGGUGUCUCUUGUGUGCUCCUGUGUGUACCCAACUAUCUCUGUUUCUCUCCAUCUGUGUGCCUGAAAGAUUCAGGGUGGUGUGUGCAUGUGUGUGUGUGCCUGUGUAUCUCUACAGGGCAGGGUUGAUGGUGUUGAGUCAAACUAUAGGGACCUUUGGCAAUUGUGUUGAGUCACAAAGAGAUGGCACUUCUGAACUCUAUGCCCACAGGUACCUCUGAGAUCACAGCCCCAUGGCCCCAUAAACUGGGAGCCUCUCAAUGUCUAGGCUGUAUUGGACACUCCAGUGUCAGCACUGGGCCUGGAUCACAGCAUAGACAAAUAAAAUGGCUGGACAGUUGGUUGAUUUCUUCCCUUGGACAUUUUUUUUCUUCUUUAUUUGGGUAUCAGGAUGGGUAGGCAUGAAGGAAUGAGUGCAUGGGUGGAUGGGUGAAUGAAUGGGUGAGUGGGCAAGUAGGCAAGUGCGUGGGGGGGCAGUUAAUGGGUGAGGGAAGAGAAAAUGCAGAAGUUUCUUGAAGUCUCCAUGUCACGGUUUAUCUCUGCCUCAGAAGCCUGCAGUGUCCACCAUGAGCAAAGAGGCUUCUUAAGCCUUCAGCCCCUCUGCUCCCGACUGGCCUCAUAGCACCUGAGAGUGAAGGAGAUUCUGAUCACCUCCCAGAGAGGCUCAUUUAAUGUAAUCGCAUAAACAUGGUUUCAGAAGCCACUCCAUGUCUUGUUUAACUGUACAGAUGAGGAGUGGGCCUGGCAGGGGGCAGCUGGGCUUGUGAGAAGAAUGGCCAGGUCAGCUGCCAGCCUAUCACUUGGCUCCUUAGUACACUGUUAGUUUCAAACGUAGGGACCUGCCUCCCCCCAAAGGUGCCCAGCUAAGCUGUGCUCUGAGCCUCAGUUUCUCCAUCGCAAAAGUGGAAUAAAAAUACCUACCUCACAGGGGUGUUGUGAGGGUCCUUCCAAUAAUGAUUGUAUGGCACUUUGAGUUUCAAAGCAAUGGAUGGAUGCUAAGUAUUAUUAUUAUUAAUUAUUAUUGUUGCUAUUAAUACUAUUCUCUCCAUAAUGAUAAUAUUCUUAAAACAUAGCUUAUAAGAAUACAUAUUUUGCUCUGUGUUAGGCAGAGAUAUCCCCCCUUUGUUUUACUCCUAAAGUGGCUUUUCAAUAAAAUUGCCAUUAAAAA